UAAUGGCAGCUGCAGUUCAAGUCUAUUCAGAUGCCAUCAGAAAAACACUAGAGGCUACAUUAUGUUUAAGAGCAUUUCCAUCAGAAAUUAUUGAAAAAUAAAGUAAACCAGAAAUUGAAUUGAAUGGGUAAUAAUAUUCAUUUCUAUUAAUAUUUAGUUAUUCAUCCAAAACUAGACAAUUAGUUUUGUCACCUAUAUAUUUAUGUAGAAGUGAAAAAGAAAAAUGUGUUAUUGAACCUUCAAUUAAUUCAACAAGAGUAAUUCUAUAUUAUAGAAUCUAUAGAUAAGCUUUUCAAUUAAAGCUUUAGAUGAAGUUGAUAGAUUAAUAGGUGAGAAAUUUGCCAAGUAUCUAGCUGUAAGGGCUGAUUAUUUUGAAAUAUUAAGAAGGAAACCAAUCCCUGUAAGUUUUUUAUCUUAUCAUUUUUAGGGAUAUGACAUAAGUUUCUUGAUUUUAGAUUCUCAUUUAGAAAAAUACAGUGUUCAAGGGAUUAUUAAUUUUAUUAUAGAUUAUGUAGAAAAUAUAGAUAAGGAUCUUAGUGACAUCAAAUUGAAUAUAAAUACCUAAGCAAGAAUUACAGCAGCUUGCUUUGUAGGGGGCUUAGCAAAUCAAUGAA